GGUAUGCCUGUAAAAGCCUGAUCUUAAAGUCGCAUUGUAGCCAGAGGGUCGGUAGAGAGUCUUUUGGUGCUCUCUCCGUCGCGUAAUUUCUGUGUCUUUUCCUCGCUGCAGUUUCUCCAUCUCUGUAAGGUCUAGUUCUCAGUUUGAUUUUGGAUUCCAUUUCGCGAUCUUCGAUAGCGAUAGCGAUCGCGAUCGCGAUUUUAAUUGUUGUAAGAAUUCGCGAAAAGAUUUAGAGUUUAAUCGAUGGAGGCCGAUUCCUGGAAUGCUCCUUUUCAACUUUCAUCGUCUCGACGCUACCGAUCUCGUUCCGGUGUGUACCAAGGAGAUCACGAAGAAAUUGAAGAGGAAAAUUCGAGGACUGAGUUUUUGUGCCCGUUUUGCGCCGAGGAUUUUGAUAUCGUAGGUCUUUAUUGUCACGUCGAUGAGGAGCAUCCGGUGGAAGUCAAGAACGCGGUAUGUCCCCUAUGCACGAAGAAAGUGGGGAUGGAUAUUGUUGGCCAUAUCAUCUCACAACAUGGGAGCCUUUUCAAGGUGCAGCGACAGCGAAGAUUGCGAAAAAUUGGGUCCAAUUUGACAUUUUCAAAGCUGAGAAAAGAGCUUAGGGAAGGAAACUUGAGAUCCCUUCUUGGUGGUUCUUUACACUCUGCCCCCACAAGUACUGAGCCUGAUCCCUUGUUGUUUUCUUUUACUUCUAAUCUGCCUACAUUCAGAAAACCUGCUAGAGUGCAGUCUCAGUCGUCAGCCGAAGUAACUACAUCACAGGAAAAUCCCGAGGCUCAUUCAGAGAGGAGCAGUGUCUCAAGGUUGGCGGCUUCAAAUAGGGAUGAAAAGGAGAGGGCUCAGAAAUGUGAGUUUGUACAAGGGCUGUUGAUGUCUACUAUUCUUGAUGAGUUAUGAUUGGAUAUAGGUUCGUCGGAAGAAGAAACCAUGCCAGUUAUAGUAUGGAACCACAAGCGUAGGUUAUAUCGGGAUGGAUCGAUCUGAUUUGGAUAUUGCAGCAGGUGGCAAUAGUUAUUAGGUAAACUAUGCAAUGUUCUAUUAUCCAUAAGUAUAUAUGUGCAUAAAUGCAAAGAUGGAAGCUCUUGUUUUUAUCAACAUUUAGUAAUAUGAUAUGAUAAUGAUGCUACUCUUAAUCAUAGAUUGAUUCUGUUCCUCA